AUGGCAAAAGACCUAGAUUUAAAACCCAUUCAUCCAGGAGAAAUAUUAAAAAGUGAGUUCCUAGAACCUUUGAAUAUGAAAGAGGAGGAAUUAGCCAAAAAAAUUCAAGUAAAAAAGUCAGUUAUUAGGGAUUUAGUGGCGGAAAAAAGGAGUAUGACCGUAGAUUUAGCCUAUCGCCUCUAUUUUUAUUUUGGCGUGAGUGCGGAAUACUGGUUAAAUUUCCAAAAAAAUUAUGACUUGGAGACUUAUCAAGAAUUAGCGGAGAGGGAAAUUAGAAGUAAAAUACAGCCAAUAGAAAGGAGAGCGGAAAUUUAG